CAUUGAUGACGACAUUUCAGCACGUUCUGAACGGAGGAUGUGGAGAAAUCUCACCAGAAUUUUUGUUCCUGCGCAAACUCAAAGAAACCUCAUUUCUGCUGCUGCGCACUGGCGUCUCUGCGCCACCAUGAAUACUGAACUGGAGCCCAAACUGUAUUGUCCCCCUUCAGGGGUCAGGGGAAUGACCUCUCUGGACAAAGAGGCCUUCACACAGACCAUCACAGUCCCAGCUCUACAGGUUCCCACUGGGGUCCUUAAUAAAGUAGUGAAGAGCCUAAAGAAGUCCACCAUCCAGCGCCCAGGUGUACCCAAAAUAGUUCAAGACAAAGAAGGAAAUGCUGACUUUCGUUUAGUUCUGUUGGACCCCCACAGAGUGUCCUCCAUCAGCUCCUUGAGUGAGGCUGAAGCAGAGGCCCUCAGGGCGUUUGGUGUUUCAGAGGAGCUACAAGACUAUGAGGUGAAGCUGACUUAUGACAACCUGAAGAGUGAAGAAGUGCUGGAGGCGGUGCUUCCUCAGGGUCAGGAUGUGACCUCAGGGUUCAGCCGGGUGGGACACAUCGCACACAUGAAUCUAAGAGACCACCAGCUCCCGUUCAAAAACCUCAUAGGUCAAGUAAUUAUGGAUAAAAAUCCCGGAGUCACCUGCGUGGUCAAUAAGACAAACAUCAUCGAUUCAACUUACCGUAACUUCUGUAUGGAGGUGCUGGCUGGAGAGGAAAACAUGGUCGCCAAAGUGAAGGAAAACGGGGUGAUGUACGAGUUUGAUUUUUCUCGUGUUUACUGGAACCCCCGGCUGAGCACAGAGCACCAACGUGUUGUGCAGCUCUUUAAACGAGGCGACGCCGUGUUUGACGUGUUUGCUGGCGUUGGACCCUUUGCCGUCCCAGCCGCCCGUUUGGGUGCCAACAUUUGGGCCAACGAUCUCAACCCAGAGUCGUACAAAUGGCUGCAGCACAACUGCAAACUCAAUAAGGUGGAGAGCAAAGUCCAAACCUUUAAUCUGGAUGGCCGAGCCUUUAUCCAGGGGCCUUUAAAGCAGGAGCUUUGCACUCUGCUGAAGGGAGAAACUAGUGUUCAUGUGGUGAUGAACCUGCCUGCAUUGGCCCUGGAGUUCCUGGAUGCAUUCAGAGGCCUCCUGCAGCUGGAACCUGCAUGUGAGCAGAACCUCCCCACAGUGCACUGUUAUGCCUUCUCCAAAGAAGAUGACCCUGCAGCAGACGUGGUGUUGAGGGCUUCCCGCAGCCUCGGCUUCCCUCUGGAGAACCAGUGCUCCGUGCAUUUUGUGCGCAAUGUAGCACCUAACAAAGACAUGAUGUGUAUACGAUUCAGGAUCCCAAAAGAGGUCCUCUUCUGCAGGAAUGAAGAAAAAACUGAACCCACAGAAGAGCCAGCCCCGAAGAGACAAAAGUGUGACAAAUCCACAGAUUCAACAUGAUGAACCUUUGGGGUUCUUCACAAAGAAUUAUGACUCCGCUUUAGUUCAGCCGCACUAAAAUCUGAUAAAAAUGAUAAUGCUGGGUUCCAACAUGUGCAUGUUUAAUUUUUAAAUAAAUCUCAAAUCAGAAAGAGUUUUUUAUUUAACGAAAAAUAUAAACUUCGCAUAAACAUGUUGAUAAAACAGCAGGAGAGCUGCUUCUAAAGUCUGUGAGGAGCGGCUGUGACUCGAUUCAGCCUUUGGAAGGAAACAGUCCGCUGAAAGCGUCCUGGAUGGCUCGAUGACACGCCAACGCUGAGGUGUAUCCUCCAGCUGCUUCCUGAAGCGUGGUGGUCCGUACGUGGUUCAGAUACCUGAGAACACACAAGGAUUUGCUCAGGUGAGAUGUUUAGUUCACUUUCUUGAGAGAUGGUUUUAGUGGAAAUCUAAUGGGUGAAAUACAAACAUGUUUAUUAAAUCCACAUUUUUAAAAUCUUUUCCUUUAUUAUUUUUUUUUCUUGGAUGUUUUAGUGAAAUAAAUAGUUCUUAAAAGCUUCA